AUGCGCACCUGCUGUGAGAGCGCCAGCCAACCGAGCUCUGAGCGAGAAAUGAAGUCGGACAGCUGGUGUCAUUUCCCACCGACACCUGGGGUGAAAUGGAUCGGCAUGCACAAGCUGGCAGAGCGGAGAAUACUCGAGUCUUUAGAGAAAGAAGAUAUUAUCCAUGGUGAUAUUGAUGACAUGAUGGACAGAAGGUUGGGUGCUGUCUUCAUGCCUCAUGGUCUUGGGCACUUGCUUGGAAUCGACGCGCAUGAUCCCGGAGGCUACCCCGAGGGUUUAGAGAGGCCGGAGGAGCCGGGAUUGAGAUCCUUGCGCACCACAAGAGGGCUUAAAGAAGGCAUGGUUAUUACGGUCGAGCCGGGAUGUUACUUCAUUGACGCUUUGCUGAGGCAGGCCGGGAAUGAUCCAAUUUGCUUAGAGUUCUUCAACUGGGAAAAGAUACAAAUGUACAGAAGCUUUGGUGGUGUUCGCAUUGAAAGUAAUGUGUACAUGACGGCACAAGGAUGCACGAACCUCACGAACUGCCCUCGAGAGAUCUGCGAAAUAGAAGCGGUAAUGGCUGGCGCAGCAUGGCAUUCACGUGAUUCCUGUUCCACUGCGACAAUAACAGAGAAUGGCCUUCCCAGGUCCUAA